AUGGGAUGUCAAAGCACAAAAUCAAAAAAGCAUCCGCCUUUCUUUUAUGCCAACCCUGGACUGAUGAAUGAAUACACCAUCAGCUGGAGUAAAAAAUUCACCAAAUCUAAGACUAAUUUCGAUACCAAGUAAGAGAAGCAGAUUUAUUGCCUUGAGAAAAAUCCAAUACUGUUAAGAAGACAAAAACAAAAGCCAAUGUCUAUAUGA